UGGUAACUCCACCCCCUCUGGCCUGCCCCUCGUCAAUUAAUUUUGUGCACAGCUAGCUACUAUUAGCUGCGCUGCGCUGAUAUCCGAGAUCCAAGUUCCAUUUGUGUGUUUCCCUUUUCCUUGCCAAACAUGGCUACACAACAGCGAAUGAAAAACCGGCGGCUAGAGGCUGUGGCAGGAGAUUCGAGCACUGUCAGAAGAAGCCCCAGGCUAACUGGAAGGUUCACAGGCUACAGAGAUGAUGGAGGAAUGGGUCACCGAAACACACACGCAACCAUAUCCACAGUCUCUUCCAGACCAAGCCUUAGAAGCUAUGGCAGAACCAAGAAAACUGAAUCUGAGACAAGUAUCUUGAACGAGAGUGGACAAAGUGUGCCUGUAUCCUUUGAUGAAGAAGAAGUAGCUAGAAGGAAAAAAUCUGGGUUACCUGAACAUUUCUUUGGUCUUGAUGAUAGUGAUAAUGAGAGCACCGUUUCUAGUACUCUUGGUACACAUGGUCCAGAGGCAGUUCGUGAGUAUGACUGUGUUGAAACCACGAGAGUGUACACACCAAUUCUACAACCGUACAAAGAGUCAAAAGGAGUUAUAUCUCAAGCAAGCUCGUUCGUGAGCUCUUUUCUGUACAAGUGUGGGUCGCUGAUUUACCUUGCUGCUACUGGAGUACUUUGCUUGGAUGUCAUUAUCUUACACAGGCUUUUCAACUAUGGCAGACCGUCACAGAAAUCAAGAUCUUGUGGUCAUUAUCUGUUUCUGCUAUUUCUACUAACUGCAGUUGUUCUUUUCCUCAUUGGUGGUGCGUUGAUUCCAAUUUGGAGUGAGUCUCAAGCUUCUCCUGUAUUGCCUGGUGUGAAUAUGAAAGCUGUGUCGGAGUCUGUGGACAAUCGUGUGCAGCACAAGUUGGAUAUAUUCAACUCCUCCUUCAGAUCAGACAUCAAGGACUUUGUGACUGACCAAAUCCGCGUUAAUAUCCGUGAAACAGAGAGGAAAGUAAGUGAAUCAGUCAUGGAGGAGUUUACUCAACGAGAUCAUGCACUUGCAAGCCUUGGGAAAAGACUGGAUACUGAACUGAAAAAUCUGCAACAAUGGAUAUCUGGUAUUGAGGAUAACCUUGGGGAAGCUAGGAUGAAAGAGAUUGCUGGCGAGGUCUCUACUGAACAAGCCAACAAUGUCAAAACUGUGUGGAUAAAUGAGGUCAAACAGCAAACAUUAUCUGAUAUUGCUGAUUCAUUGGGGAAUCUCAGGGAAAAGCUCAUGAAUGAUUUUAGCAAUACCGACUCCAGCUUCACCCAGCAGCUUGCUUCAGUCGUUGAGAAGGUGUCAUCUGUUAGAAUCGAAUUGCAAGCAACUCAAGUUACACUCACUGGCACUUCGAAUGAUGUAGCAAACAUAAAGACUCAGCUUAAAAGUCAUGAAUCGCAAUUGAGUGUACUUCAGCGUAGACAGCAGGAGGUUCUUGAGGAGAUGUCUCAAUUCAAGGCUGAUGCUCUUGGUCGUAUCAUCUCUUUGGAAAAGCUAUCUCAGGGAAAAAUCAAUGCUGAACAAGCAAUCACAAUUUUCAAUGAAGAGCUUGACAAGACGCUUGCUAAAGAAGAUAGUGCCCUCAGACUGUGGCUUACUCAGAAUGUUGCUUCAGCUGAAAGAUUGCAAGGACUUACUGAUCAAAUGAAUGGUCUUAAAGAACAAUGUGUUGAUUCACCACCUGGUGGAUUGUCAAAAACUGAUGUUGAAGAGGUUAUCCGUAUGUCGUUGGAGAGAUACAGCGCUGACAGGAUUGCGAAAUUUGACUUUGCCCUUGAAAAUUCUGGAGGCAGUGUUCUUCUUGACAAGUGCUCACCCACAUUCCCUCAAAGUCUGUCUAGUGUGCAUCUGUUUGGAAUUCCACUCUGGUAUAUAUCUGGAACACCCAAAAUUAUCAUCCAGCCUGAAGUAUAUCCAGGAGAUUGCUGGGCACUAAACGGAACAUCUGGAUAUGCCACAAUCCAGCUGAAGGGAAGCGUAUUGGUGACAGAAGUGACAAUAGAGCAUAUCCCUAAAACUCUUUCGCCAUCUGAGAAAUUGGACAGUGCUCCGAAAGACUUCUCCGUAUAUGGAAUGUCAUCAGAAGGAGAUGAAGACGGUGCACACCUUGGCCGAUUCUCUUACGACAUUGAUGGACCUGCCAUUCAGAUGUUCAACGUACAAGCUACCGAUGCUUACUACGAGAUUAUUCGUUUCACAUUUGAAAGCAACCACGGAGACCCUGCUUACACCUGUAUAUACCGUGUUCGUGUGCAUGGCCGCUCAAAUUAGAGAGAGAUGUACGUACAUGCUCAAUCACCCUUAGCCGUGCUAUAGUGUACGUAAAGACCCUUCAUCUUUAGUUUGGAACUACCGAUUUGCACUUGUUUACAUGACUAUGUUUCUAGCUCAUUUAUCAACCUUUUACCUUACAUUUACCGUAUUUUGUUUGUGCACUAAGUCUUUUUGAUGUAAUUGUGGCAAGUUAAA